AACACAACAAAUGAGCUGUACACUCACAACGCGCAUCAGGUGUCAUGUAGGAGUGCAGCAUGUUCGAGGGAACAGCUUGUAAGAUGAGAGAAUAUGUCUAAUAGAGACCUGUGCAUGAGAAAAUGGAUAAACGAGCGCAUAUAUGCAGGCCACGUACCUUAUAUGAACCUGCGCGAGCGAGAUGACAAAGCCAUGAGCCAGAGAAGCAUACAGGCAAGCAUAUACAAACCUCACAUGAUUGGGUUGCUGUCUCGAGUUCUUGUGAGACCUGCGCUGAAGGCUGGGAGCCGACAUCGCGGCUACCAUAUACGCGGUCAGCUGGCUGUACUGUCAAUGAGAAUGCUAAAACAAAUGUGCAUGGUGCGAAAGGAAGGAGAGACACACCCCGAUUGGCUGCAGGUUGUCGGUGAGCGCAUACACCAAGGCCGUACAUAUGCAGGUGCCCGUGAUCAGGUCCCAGAAUGGCGUUGAGUGAUUCAUGGGCACUGCAUGUGUAGUGUGGCGGUGGUGGUGGCGGUGGUGAUACAGAGGCAGGAAGGGGGAGGUGUCCGUUUGAUGAGACCCGUGGCAUGGUGGUGGGGAAGUAAGAGGCACGGAGCGACGAGUGCCCUCUAUAUGGAUUAAUAUAUAAAAGGAG